AUGGAGCAACAGUCCAAUAAGGCUCAUAGAGGAGCCACCAAGAAGACAGGAGCCAAAAAGAAACUACAUCAAAAUGGUCAAAAUAAAAAGGCAUUUGCAGUAGCAGCACCACGAAAAUUGGAAAGAAUGGCAAGAAGAUCACAUGAUGUUAAUGAACGUAAAUUACACGUGCCCAUGGUUGACCGUACCCCUGAUGAUGAUCCACCACCAGUCAUAGUUGCCGUUGUUGGACCACCAGGUACUGGGAAAUCAACCUUGAUUAAAUCAUUAAUUAGACGAUUGACAAAGACAACAUUGACUGAAAUUAAAGGGCCCAUAACUGUGGUUAGUGGAAAAAGAAGACGAUUGACUUUUAUUGAAGUGAAUAAUGAUUUGAACUCAAUGAUUGACGUGGCCAAGAUUGCCGAUUUAGUACUUCUUUUAAUCGAUGGAAACUAUGGAUUGGAAAUGGAAACAAUGGAGUUUUUAAACAUUGCUCAACAUCAUGGUAUGCCUAGAGUAUUAGGAGUAGCUACUCAUUUAGAUCUUUUCAAAUCACAAUCAACUUUAAGAACAUCGAAAAAGAGAUUGAAACAUAGAUUUUGGACUGAAGUUUAUCAGGGUGCUAAAUUAUUUUACCUCUCAGGUGUCAUUAAUGGUCGUUAUCCUGAUCGAGAAAUUCUCAACUUGAGUAGGUUUAUAUCGGUUAUGAAGUUUAGACCUUUGAAAUGGAGAAAUGAACACCCUUACUUGUUGGGUGAUCGAAUCACUGAUCUAACUCAUCCGCAAUUGAUUGCUGAAAAUCCUAAAUGUGAUCGAAAAGUGGCCAUUUACGGGUACCUUCAUGGUACUCCAUUACCUUAUCAAGAUGCUAAUAUCCACAUUGCUGGUGUUGGUGAUUAUACAGUAUCAUCAGUGGAGAAAUUACCUGAUCCUUGUCCCACGCCAUAUUUCGAACAACGUUUGGAAGAAUUAGAAAGGGAAAGAAUUAAGGCUGCUGCUGAACUGGGCGAACCUUUAGCUAAGACGACAAGAAGAAGAAAAAGAUUGGAAGAUAAACAAAAGAUCAUAUACGCACCAAUGUCUGAUGUUGGUGGAGUUCUUGUUGAUAAAGAUGCUGUUUAUAUAGAUGUUGGUGAUAAGGAAAGUUUUAAUGCUAAUAAUGAAGAUGGUGAAAUCAAGGGAGAAGGUGAAACUAUGGUUACUAAUUUACAAGAUGUUGCUAAAACCAUGGCAGAACGAUUUGAAGAAGGUCCAGGUUUACAAUUGUUUUCAAAUUCAAGUGCAUUGAGAAACGAAGUAUCGCAUGGUAGUGAUGAGAGCGAAGAAGAACACGGGCUUUUAUCUGAUGUCGAUGAUGAUGAUAAUGAAGAGACUAUUGUUGAUACUGGUAGAACAUCAAUGAGGAAAGCUAGAGUUUAUGGAAAAUCAGUUUCAGAAGAUGACGAAUUUGACGAUGUUGAAUCUGACGAAGAAGGUGAAGACGAUUUUGAAGAUGAUGAAAGAGAGCCUAGAUUGGUUGAGGUUGAGUUUGAUGCUAACAAGUAUAAUGACAAGGAAUUGGAAUACGUUGAAGAUUCAGCACUUUCUUCAGACGAAGAUGACAGUUCGUACAAAGCUGCAGCUUCCAGAUUGAAAGGAUCUAGCAAGAGAAAAUGGGAUAUCAACAAAUUGAUCUACAUGACAAAUAUAGACCCUGCCGAUGCCAUCAAAAGAUGGAUGGGUGAAGUUGAUGAUGACGAUGAGGAAGAAGAGGAUAUUGAGCAAGAUGAUGGAGAUUUUUUCAAGAAGAAGGAUGUAAAGGAACUGAGUGAGGAUUUGGAUAGCUUAAGGCCCAAAUUUCCACCAGUCGAGGAAUUGAGAAAAAAAUUCUCAGCAAAUAAUGAAGAUGAUAGUGAUGAGGAGUAUGAGAAUGGGUAUACUAUUUUGAAAAAGAGAUUAUUGACUGCACCAAAAUUGAACGAUGAUGAAAAUGAAAAUGGCGAAGCAGAUGAAGCAGGUGAAGGCGACGAAGAUGAAGAAUUAUAUGGAGAUUUUGAAGACUUGGAAGAUGAAGAAGGUGGUCAAAAGUCGUUAAAUGGAAAAGCGGCUGCUGGAAGUGACGACGAUGAUGACGAAGGUGAUGAAGGUGACGAUUUUGCUGACUUUGACGCCGAGGAACAAGCCGAAGGAGAAGAAGACGCACUUGAACAAGAUGAGAACCUUACAGUUGAUCAAAAACGUCAAUUAAACGCCGCCAAAAAGGCCAAAUUGAAAACUCAAUUUGAAGAAGAAGAAGAUCGUGAAUUUGGCGCAGAUGACCCUGAAGGUGACACUGAAGCUGAAACCUGGUAUGAAUUUCAAAAAAAUAAAAUGGCCAAGCAAUUGGAAAUUAACAAGGCUCAAUAUGAAGAAAUGGAUCAGCAACAACGAAUCAAAAUCGAAGGGUAUCGUGCUGGAUCAUAUGUCAAGAUUGUUUUCAAUUCAUUGCCUUGUGAAUUUGUUGAAAAUUUCACUCCUGAAUAUCCAUUGAUUCUUGGUGGAUUAUUGGCUACUGAAAUGAGAUUCGGUAUUAUGAAUUCAAGAAUCAGAAGACAUAGAUGGCACAAGAAGAUUUUGAAAUCUCAGGAUCCGUUAAUUUUAUCAUUGGGGUGGCGUCGAUUUCAAACAUUACCCAUAUACACCACAUCUGAUUCAAGAACAAGAAACAGAAUGUUGAAAUACACUCCUGAGCAUGCUUAUUGCUUUGCAUCAUUCUAUGGUCCAUUAGUUGCUCCAAACACUACAUUUGUAGGGUUCAAUAUUGUUGAUAAUAAAUCAACCACUGGGUCUUUUAGAGUAGCUGCAACUGGUAUCGUUGAAGACGUAAAUUCGUCAGUUGAAAUUGUCAAGAAAUUGAAAUUGGUUGGUCAUCCAUAUAAGAUUUAUCGAAAUACUGCAUUUAUCAAGGAUAUGUUUUCCAAUGCUUUAGAAGUUGCUAAAUUUGAAGGAGCUCAAAUUAGAACGGUUAGUGGAAUUCGAGGAGAAAUCAAACGAGCAUUAUCUAAACCGGAUGGAUAUUUCCGAGCUACUUUUGAAGACAAGAUCUUGAUGUCGGAUACCAUUUUUCUCAAGACUUGGUACCCCAUCAAAAUCAAGAAAUUUUACAACCCCGUUACAUCAUUGCUAUUGAGCCAUCAUUCCGAAUGGAAAGGUAUGAGAUUAACGGGACAAGUACGUGCUGAAAACAACAUUGCUACUCCGUUACAAGAUGAUUCUCAAUACAAGAAAAUUGAACGAGUUGAAAGAAGAUUUAAUCCAUUGAGAGUACCAAAAUCGAUUCAAGCUGAUUUACCAUUCAAGUCUCAAAUUCAUCAAAUGAAACCACAAAAGAAACAAAGUUAUAUGAACAAGAGGGCAGUGGUAUUGGGUGGCGAAGAAAAGAAGGCUCGUGAUUUGAUGCAAAAGAUUGCUACUAUUCGUAAAGAAAAGGAUGUUAAACGAAAGACCAAAAAGGAUGAAAAGUUUAAGGAGAAGUUGAAGAAGAUUGUCAAGAAUGAAGAGUUGAGAAAAGAGAAGGAAAAAGAGCGAAAGAAGGAAUAUUUUGCCAAGGAAGGUAAAAAGAGAAGACUCGGUGAUGAAAACAACGGAGGUGGAGGUAAAAAAAGAAGAUAA